UCAAUAGAAAAUUAAAAAGAAAAUAUAUAUAUACAUAUAUGGCGGUGGCUAAUUCUGGUGGCCGGUGGAAAGAGAUGAGGAGCUUGGGAGUCCAAGUGAUUACUGGGCGGUGGUUCAUGGUCUUUGCUUCACUGUUGAUCAUGGCAGUUUCUGGUGCCACCUACAUGUUUGGUCUCUACUCAAAUGACAUCAAAACCUCACUGGGUUAUGACCAAACCACUCUCAACCUCUUAAGUUUCUUCAAGGACCUGGGCGCCAAUGUAGGCGUCCUGUCAGGUCUCAUCAAUGAAGUCACACCGCCAUGGGUCGUCCUCUCCAUCGGGGCACUCAUGAACUUCUCUGGCUAUAUCCUCAUCUGGCUCGCCGUCACCCGCCGCAUUCCCCAGCCAAAGGUAUGGCAAAUGUGUAUUUAUAUAUGUGUAGGGGCAAAUUCACAGUCUUUUGCCAAUACUGGAGCUCUUGUCACUUGUGUCAACAACUUCCCGGAGAGCAGAGGAAGCGUUUUGGGAUUGUUAAAGGGGUUUGUUGGGUUAAGCGGCGCAAUCAUAACACAAUUAUACCAUGCUUUCUACGGAGAUGACGACUCUGAAGCUCUUAUCUUGUUCAUUGCUUGGCUUCCUUCCGCUGUUUCUUUUAUUUUCCUUCCGACUAUUCGGAUUAUAAAGGGCGUUCGCCAGCCUCAUCACUAUGAACUCAAGGUUUUCUACAAAAUCCUCUAUGUUUCUCUUGGUCUUGCUGGAUUUCUCAUGGCUGUAAUCAUCCUACAAAACAGCUUCACUUUCACCAGAAUUGCCUACAUAGGGAGCGCACCGCUUGUUAUUGUGCUACUCCUUUUACCUCUAGCUGUAGUGACAAAAGAAGAAUUCAACAUCCGGGAAGGCAAGAGACAUUCCUUGACCUUGCGUGACCUUCCUAGGCUCAUGGUAGUCACAAGAGAGCCGUCUGCUCUUGAGAUAGCACCACAAGAAACAUCCCUCCGGGCCGAGAUAUCGGAUUUACCACCUGCCGCCUCAGCUCCGUCGAGUUCAGAGAAUAAGCAAGUGUCGUGCACGGACAACAUUUUCAAGCCACCAAACAGAGGCGACGACCACACGAUUUUGCAAGCAGUCUUUAGCGUUGACAUGUUAAUUCUCUUUGUAGCUACAGCCUGCGGCGCUGGUGGCACGUUGACGGCAAUCGACAACCUGGGUCAGAUUGGCAACGCCUUAGGCUACCACAAGAGAAGCAUCACCACCUUUAUCUCGCUGGUGAGCAUAUGGAACUACCUCGGCCGAGUAGUUUCUGGUUUUGUCUCUGAAAUGUUGCUGACCAAGUACAAGAUCCCUCGUCCUCUGCUUUUCACUUUCGUCCUUCUUUUCUCUUGCGUCGGUCAUCUUCUCAUCGCUUUCGCCGCACCGAAUUCUCUCUACUUGGCGUCGGUUAUCAUCGGGUUCUGCUUCGGAGCCCAAUGGCCGUUGGUCUUUGCAAUCAUAUCGGAGAUAUUCGGACUCAAGUACUACUCCACCCUCUACAACAUGGGAGGUGUGGCCAGCCCAGUUGGGUCAUACGUACUGAACGUGAUGGUGGCUGGUCGUUUGUACGACAGAGAAGCGUUGAAGCAGAGGAGGGGUUUGGGUGUAGUUGGAAAAGGAGACGGGAAGGAAAUGAGCUGCAGAGGCGUUGAGUGUUACAGGAUGGCUUUUAUGAUCAUCACGGGGGCGACAUUGAUUGGGUGCGUUGUUUCUUCAAUUCUGGUAGUGAGAAGCAGAGAAUUUUACAAAGGCGAUAUAUACAGAAAAUUCAGACGAGAGGGAAAAGCAGAAGAGAUGAGUACAGGGGGUGGUUAAUGGAAGAAGCAGUGAGGUGGAGUCGAAAGUUGGGCCGAAGCUGCCGGUUCCACCAUGACAUGUCAUCGAGUAAGCGAACAAAUUCAGUGGAUUGGAUCCAACUCCCACCAAAGGGAGUGCGGUGGUGUCAGGCCCAACCCAUUGGAGACGACGAAUCAGUUGUUAUCUAUUUGUUUGUAACAUUUGAGAUGAGGAGGGUUGUAGGUUACAGAGGAAGUGUUGACAAAAAAACAAAAAAAAAAAAAAGUGAAAUGGAGGGAAGAAGGGAAGUACGAAAAGUCUAAGAUUAUUAUUAUUAUUAUUAUUAUUAUUUUAUUUUCCUUCCUAUCAAUUCCUUAUUUAUAUAAACAAUCAUAUUUUUAUUUUAAUA